UGUUCACUUCCUCUUCAUUUAUUCUUUUUGUCAACAAGAAUAGAGAACAAUGGAACCUUGGGAACAACUUGAUAUUGAUGAAAGUGAUCUUGAUAGUUUCAUUCGUCGUUGCAAUUCGAAUAAUAGUGUCAUUCUGGUCCCUGCUGGUGUGGUUCAGGCAGCUAUGCUUAAUCGCCAGGUCAAUGAAAACAUCCCCACACAAGAAUUCUUAAGUAUCAUAGAAAAAGUCAGUUUUGAUCGUGACUUCACAUCGAAUGCUUGGGUAUGGGCUGAAAAAUUCAUUGACAUCCAUGGAUUGUUGCUUAAAUAUGAGGUUGAGCAUAUCUCAACCCUUGAUUCCUUGAAAGGAACUUGUAAGGUGUCCUUGUUGCGAUGUCUUAUUAAAGCUCGUGAGCAUAACGGAUUGGGUGACAUGAAAAUAACAAUUCGGGAUCCAACAGGGACUGUAAAAGCAAGUGUUCACCGCAAGGCCAUUGAUCAUCCUGAAAUAGGUCCCAACUUAAAAGUUGGAAGUGUAAUAAUCCUACAAGAUGUUGCAAUUUUUUCACCAAUGCGCAGAACAUACUAUCUUAACAUUACUCUUAACAAUGUUGUGAAGGUUUUUGCAAGUGAUAUUGGGCGCCCAACUGAUGAACUAGUUCGUCUAUCAAUACCAAUUGUUACUAAGAAGCUUCCAAGUCGUUCCGUUGAUGACAUCCUUAGCAUGUUGACUCCACCUGUUGACAAUGACAAACCUGAAGGCAGUAGAGCUAACAACAAUAAUUAAAAGUGGAAGAAACUGAGGACUUUCGUAGUUUGAUGAUUUGAAUUUUAGUUUUAUCCUUGUUGUGAGUUUCAUUUAGGGUUCGUUUUUAGAAGGCUUUGUUAUGUAGUAUUAUUAGUGAAGUACCAAAACCACCUUCAUUAAUGUGUUGUUG